CGAGCGCGCAGCUCGGACCCGCCCGGACGCAGCGCUCGCCCGGCGGCCGCGGCGAUCACCCGCGCUGGUCCGGCGGCCGCGGCGCCCGCCCUCGCCCGCGCCCCAUGGGGUCACAGAGUCCGUAGAAGAGACCACCCCAGGAUCCCAGAUGAACAGCCGGCGGGAAGAUAUGGAAAUCGCGUCCCACUACCGGCAUCUGCUCCACGAGCUCAACGAGCAGAGGCAGCACGGCGUCCUGUGCGACGUGUGCGUGGUGGUCGAGGGCAAGGUCUUCAAGGCCCACAAGAACGUCCUGCUCGGCAGCAGCCGCUACUUUAAGACGCUCUACUGCCAGGUGCAGAAGGCGUCCGACCAGGCCACGGUCACGCACCUGGACAUCGUCACGGCCCAGGGCUUCAAGGCCAUCAUCGACUUCAUGUACUCCGCCCACCUGGCCCUCACCAGCAGGAACGUCAUCGAGGUGAUGUCCGCGGCCAGCUUCCUGCAGAUGACGGACAUCGUGCAGGCCUGCCACGACUUCAUCAAGGCCGCGCUGGACAUCAGCAUCAAGCCGGACGCCUCGGACGAGCUCUCGGAGUUCGAGGUGGGCGCCCCACCCAGCAGCGGCGCGGACGCCCUCAUCUCCGCCGUCAUGGCCGGGAGGAGCAUCUCCCCGUGGCUGGCCCGCCGCACGAGCCCCGCCAACUCUUCUGGGGACUCGGCCAUCGCCAGCUGCCACGAGGGCGGGAGCAGCUGCGGGAAGGAGGACCAGGAGCCCAAGGCCGACGGCCCCGCGGACCUGUCCUCCCAGCCGCUGUGGCCUGGCGACGUGGGCUACGGGCCCCUGCACAUCAAGGAGGAGCGGCUCUCGCCAGCUCACUACGGGGGCAGCGAGCCGCCGUCCGCCGGGGAUGGGGCCGCUCAGAACUCCUUCUCAGAGCAGGCGGCAGGGGACGGCUGGCAGCCCACGGGCCGGAGGAAGAACCGCAAGAACAAAGACACGGUCCGGCACAUCACGCAGCAGGUGGAGGACGACAGCCGGGCCGGCUCCCCGCUGCCAUCUUUCCUCCCGACGUCCGGGUGGCCCUUCAGCAGCCGAGACUCAAACGCGGACUUGACCGUCGCUGAAGCCAGCAGCUCCGACAGCCGCGGGGAGAGGCCCGAGCUCUACGCGCAUGUGGACGAGGGGCUCCUGGGAGGAGAAGGCAGCUACCUGGGAGCCCCGCUCACCCCGGAGAAGGACGACGCGCUGCACCAGGCCACCGCGGUGGCCAACCUGCGGGCGGCGCUCAUGAGUAAGAACAGCUUGCUGGCCCUCAAGGCCGACGUGCUGGCGGACGACAGCUCCCUGCUGCUGGAGUACCUGCCCAAGGGCACCCACUCCCUGUCCCUGAACGAGUUCACGGUCAUCAGGAAGAAGUUCCGCUGCCCCUACUGCAGCUUCUCGGCCAUGCACCAGUGCAUCCUCAAGAGACACAUGCGCUCCCACACGGGCGAGCGGCCCUACCCCUGCGAGAUCUGCGGGAAGAAGUUCACGCGGCGCGAGCACAUGAAGCGGCACACGCUGGUGCACAGCAAGGACAAGAAGUACGUGUGCAAGCUGUGUAGCCGCGUGUUCAUGUCGGCCGCCAGCGUGGGCAUCAAGCACGGCUCGCGGCGCCACGGCGUGUGUGCCGACUGCGUGGGUGGCGGCGGGGCCGGGCCCCUGGAUGGCGGCGGCGCCGAGGGCUCUCCUGAGCUGUUCGCGGGCGACGGGCCGUACCUGGAGGACCCCGAGGACCCACGCGGCGAGGGCGAAGAGGAGCUGGGCGAGGACGAGGACGACGUGGGCCUGGCCCCCGAGGACGCGCUACUGGGGGACGACAGGGAGGUCGAGGACUCGCCGCGGGGGCCUCGCAGCCCUGCCGGGGGCACCGACAAGGACUUCACCUGGAUCUCCUAGGCUGGGCCGGGCACUGGGCCGCGGCCGCCCCCGCCUGCGUGCGCCCCGGGCCCCCUUCACCUGCUCUCCCCCACCCCUCGAGGACACCCGGGGCUCAGAGGCGGGCGCUGCCCCAGCGAGUGGGGCUGGGGACGCGCGUGGGGCGGGUCUGAGCCCAGGGAGAGCCCUUGUCACCUCCCCCAGCAGGGGCGCGGGGCG